AUGUUCUCGCUGCCGCCAACGUUGGUCGCCGGUAUCCAUGCCGCAGAGCAGUACCUUGAUGACCCUGCGAUCCCCUGGAAAGGCCUAGUCGAGGGCUUGCUAUGGGUCGUCUACCUUUUUGAGACGUACGUGUCGUUCCGGCAGUACUUGAUGUACUACCGGCGCACAGCGCCCAAGGCGCUGAUAGAGCAUGUGUCGCACGAGGACUUUGUGAAAAGCCAGAAGUACGGACGCGACAAGGCCCGCUUUGGUUUCAUAGCGGACGGCCUGAAUCACGUUGUGAACUUGGCUUCUGUACACUACAACUGGAGUGCGCACAUCUGGGUCUGGAGUGGGAUGCUGCUCACCAAGCUGGGCGUAGCGCACAGUGAGCAGACCAUGUCAGGCGCCAAUGCUGUGGUGUCUGUGCUGGUGCAGCUCCCGCUAUCUAUGGCGCUCAGCGCGUACCGCAACUUUGUGAUUGAGGAGCGACACGGCUUUAACAAGCUGACAUGGCGCACGUUUUUCACCGACAAGAUCAAGGAGUUGCUCUUAACCGGGAUCAUUACGGUGCCACUGAUUGCGCUCUUUGUCACGGUCGUGCGGUGGGCGGGGGAUCAGUUUGUCGUGUACGUUGUGCUGCUGAUCAUGGCAGUCGUCGUAUUUGGCUCUGUCAUCUACCCCACGCUCAUCCAGCCGCUGUUCAACAAGCUGACGCCGCUGCCUGAGGGCGUGCUGCGUGAUCGUGUGACAGCGCUUGCGAAGCAGCUCAAUUUCCCGCUCAAGCACUUGUACAUGAUCGACGGAAGUCGGCGUAGUAGCCACUCGAAUGCGUACUUCUACGGCUUUGUGCCUGGCGGCAGCAAGCACAUUGUCAUUUACGAUACGCUGAUCGAGCAGUCCACGCCGGAUGAAAUUGAGGCCGUGCUCGCGCAUGAGCUGGGCCACUGGAAGUACGGUCAUCCGACCAAGCUGGUCGCCAUGUCGUUUGUGCAGAUCUUUUUGAACUUGUGUGUGUUUGCUGUCUUCAUCCACAACAAGUCGCUCUUCCGUGCGUUUGGGUUCGGUAGUGAUGCGUCGGCGGUCGCUCGUGUGUCGUACCUGCCUGUGAUGAUCGGUAUGGAGCUGUUUAACCUGGUCGUGCAUCCUGCCGAUGCGCUCCUGCAGUUCACACUGAACGCCGUCGUGCGUCGGUACGAGUACCAAGCUGAUGCAUUUGCUGCGCAGCUCACGCGGCCUGCGCCGACAGCCGCAGAGAAAGAGGCGCGCGCCUUGCUCACGUCGCAGCCAUCCACCCCGACGCCCGCCGCGGAGCCAAGUGCCACAGUUCGUGCAUGGCUCUCGCGCUACAGUGACGCGCCGUCGUCGGUGGAGGGGCAGGACGCCGAGGCGUACCCGGCGCUGCUGCAGCGCGCGCUCGUCAAAUUGUCCAUUCACAAGUACUUUGUCAUCGAUGCAUCAUGA